CGGAGCAUCUCUGAUGUCCAGCAACAUGGGCAGCGGCUUGUUCAUUGGCCUGGCUGGGACAGGGGCUGCUGGAGGCCUCGCCGUGGGUGGCUUUGAAUGGAACAUGAAGAAACCAAGGCCUGGAGGAGAUAGAGGCCAUCAGAGGUCACACAGGAUUGGGAUCAGGUCCCAGGCAACCUGGCUGCUUCUGGCCCUCGGCUGGAUCUUCGUCCCUGUGUACAUUGCAGCGGGUGUGGUCACAAUGCCACAGUACCCGCAGAAGCGGUUCGGGGGGCAGAGGAUCCAGGUGUACAUGUCUGUGCUGUCUCUCAUCCUCUACAUCUUCACCAAGAUUUCGACUGACAUCUUCUCUGGAGCCCUCUUCAUCCAGAUGGCCUUGGGCUGGAACCUCUACCUCUCCACAGUGAUCUUGCUGGUGGUGACGGCCGUCCUUGGGUCCCUGGGAGGCCUCACGGCCAUGAUCUACACAGACACCCUGCAGACGGUCAUCAUGGUGGGGGGAGCCCUGGUCCUCACGUUUCUGGGCUUCAAGGAGGUGGGCUGGUACCCAGGGCUGGAACGGCGGUACAGACAGGCCAUCCCUAACGCCACAGUCCCCAACACCACCUGCCACCUCCCCCGACCGGAUGCCUUCCACAUGCUUCGGGACCCUGUGAGCGGGGACAUCCCCUGGCCAGGCCUCAUUUUUGGGCUCACCGUGCUGGCCACCUGGUGCUGGUACACAGACCAGGUCAUUGUGCAGAGGUCGCUCUCUGCCAAGAGUCUGUCCCACGCCAAGGGAGGCUCGGUGCUGGGGGGCUACCUGAAGAUCCUGCCCAUGUUCUUCAUCGUCAUGCCCGGCAUGAUCAGCCGCGCCCUGUACCCAGAUGAGGUGGGCUGCGUGGACCCCGACAUCUGCCAGAGAAUCUGUGGGGCCCGCGUGGGCUGUUCCAACAUCGCCUACCCCAAGCUGGUCAUCGCUCUCAUGCCCGUUGGUCUGCGGGGCCUGACGAUCGCCGUGACCAUGGCUGCCCUCAUGAGCUCGCUCACCUCCAUCUUCAACAGCAGCAGCACCCUGUUCGCCAUCGACGUGUGGCAGCGAUUCCGCAGGAAGGCAACGGAGCAGGAGCUGAUGGCGGUGGGCAGAGUGUUCGUGGUGGCCCUGGUCGUGGUCAGCACCCUCUGGAACCCCAUUACCCAAAGCUCCAACAGCGGCCAGCUCUUCGACUAUAUCCAGUCUGUCACCAGCUACCUGGCCCCGCCUGUCACCGCCCUGUUCCUGCUAGCCAUCUUCUGCAAGAGGGUCACAGAGCCUGGAGCCUUCUGGGGGCUCACGUCUGGCCUGGUGGUGGGGCUUGUGCGCAUGAUCCUGGAGUUCUGCUACCCAGCCCCAGCCUGUGGGGAGGUGGACCGGAGGCCAGCCGUGCUCAAGGACUUCCACUACCUCUGCUUUGCCCUUGUCCUCUGUGGGCUCACUGCCAUUGUCAUCAUCACUGUCAGCCUCUGUACAACCCCCAUCCGUGAGGAAAAGCUGGCUCGCCUGACGUGGUGGACAAGGAACCAUCCCCCUGCUGAGCUAGACAAGGAAGCCCCUGAUGGCACACCGGGGAGAGCGGAGAUGCCACCUGGGGAGCCCCCUGCAGGAGGCAGAGGGGCAGACAACCGCAGCCAGGGCCUGCAGCAGCGUGGAGCCUCACGCAGAACCUGGGGAAAGCUGCUCUGGAGCUGGUUGUGCGGGCUCUCCGAGGCACCACCACGGCGAGCCCUGAGCUCAGCAGAGGCCGCCACACUAGAGCAGAAGCCGACCAGCAUCGAGGAGGAGCCGCUCUGGAGAAGCGUCUGCAAUGUCAAUGCUAUCCUCCUGCUGGCCAUCAAUGUCUUCCUCUGGGGCUAUUUUGCGUGACUCCAUAGACCCAGCUUCAGCUCAGACAGAUGAAACACAGCCCCGGUCUGGCCAACCACAGACACUGGCUUUCCUCCCACUUUGCUGGUUAAACUGGAGACCACAGAGGCUGAGGCUGCAAGAGCGCCUGCAGAGCCCCUCAUCCAGCCUGUGCCCUCGACUGGUGGUGAAAUGGAGGCCCAGAGAGAGCACUGGGCCUGCCCAGGGCCACACAGCCAGAUUCACACCGGUCUCCUGACUCCAGCUCUCUUCCCAUUACAUUGCCUUGAAGUCCCACCUCAAAAAUUCUGUUUUCACCUUCUUGGUGAGUCUGCUCAGGAGCAUUUACUCAACGUGUGUUCUGAAAUUAAAAAGUGGAUGAUACAAGCAAAGGAACAGCAAGCAAGUUGCAGAAAUCCGCGUGCAUCUUUGCUCACCCAUAUCCUUCCCUCCUCCCCCUUUUUCCCUCCCUCUAUAUCCCUCAUUCCCAAUCCCCCAUCAACUGUUUUUAGCAGGCAUCUACCCCAAAAGACCUCAAGCUUCCAUUUGUGGCUCCACAUGGUGACCAUCACACCCAAAGGAGGGGCCAGGGAGGAAUGUUGGCAUGGUGACAGAUGUGUUUGGGGCAGGGAACACAGGGAUAAGGGCUCUCCUUCGCCCUACUCAAAUCUGUCUCUUCCUCUCACAUCCAAACACGUGCCAGUCUCCAUGGCCUUGAGGAGCUGGGAGUCCAGCUGGACAGACAAGACUUGUUAAAAACAGCAGGGACUGAGACAGGCUGCUCUGCUUCGUCGUAAGCCCUGCAGAAGGUCCACACAGGCAGCCGAGGAGCCACUGCAGCUGGGCCUGUGCCGGACCCUCUCCCUUUGCCUGCCAGGAGCUCCUACCCUGGAAAACACCAUGUCCCUGCUUAGCCGCCCCUCCUCCAAGAGGCUGCCCGAUGCCCCCAAACUGGGUCAAGUUCCCACUCCUGCUCCCACGCCCUCUGGACUUGCCUCUGUGGCAGCUCUGAUCACUGGACUGUGAUGUUUAUCUCCUGGCUAGACUGAGUCCUCCGAGAGGCAGGAAUCAAGGCUGUGCUGUGUGGCUGGCUGGGUUGUGACUUGGGGAGCCUGCUGGUGGGAAGGACUCUUCUUCAGCUGGCGUUUACACACUGAGUCUCAAGUGGCUACAGGGGAACCACCGUCCCACCCUCUGGCCUGAUGCAGACAAGGUGUCCCUUCCUUUGUCUCCCUGUCUGGGCCACCCUUGGUCUCACCAGAUCCACUAUAAUGCUGCCUUUGAUCACCGUCAUCAAUCAUCACAAUUAAAUCCAGAUAAAAUUCUA